CGUAACAAACACUCAAAAGUACAAAAGAAGAGUUUUCCGGUCAGAGCAAGCUCCAAUUAAAUCUCUGCAGGGUGUUCUGAAGAAAACCGAGAACAACAGAAUCCCUCACAAGCUGCCAAAGAAACAGGAAGAAAAUUAAGUCGAAAGAUAAAACAAGGAGUGGUCGAGGGGCAGCUGACUGAACUCACAGAGACUCAGCCAGUACUGGACAGAAGAGGAUGAGAUGACUUAGGAGCAGAUGUGGAGGUUGACCUGGACCGUAUUCCCAAAGAGGCAAAACGCCGUGGGAGAUGACUACGCUGUCACUUCAGGAGCAGCUUCCCUUCAAUUUGGGAAUUUAUCUCUGUUGUGAGAGGCUCACAAGGGGACAUCUGAUCUGAGAACUACAUAUUCUGGAUCAUUUCUACUUCAAUAAAGAGCAAUUUUAGGCAAAGAGGAUCAGGUCAAAAUUCAUCAAACGCCAGGAUGAAGCCUCUUUACAAUUUGGGCUUACUCCUGCUGGGCCUUCAUUUCCUGACUGUCAGCGGGCAGCUGGAACCCAAAAACCAAAUGCCCCCUGACCCUGUUACUGCUACCCAAAGACGUGGGCUCGUUGAGCGGGACGUGCAGGGUCCGGUGAGGCCCAACAUCACAAUGCCGCGCCGACGAAUGCCCCCCAUGUGUAGUGCGCCCACAGAAAUCCGUGACACAUUCAAGUACAUCAACACGGUGGUGUCCUGCUUGGUGUUUGUUGUGGGCAUCAUCGGAAACUCCACGCUCUUAAGGAUCAUCUAUAAGAACAAAUGCAUGCGGAAUGGGCCAAAUAUCCUAAUCGCCAGUCUGGCUCUCGGAGACCUGCUACACAUCAUCAUCGGCAUUCCCAUUAACGUUUACAAGCUCCUAGCAGAGGAUUGGCCUUUUGGGGUGGCUCUGUGUAAGGUGGUGCCAUUUGUCCAGAAAGCCUCGGUGGGGAUCACAGUGCUGAGUCUGUGUGCGCUGAGUAUAGACAGAUAUCGUGCCGUGACUUCAUGGAGCCGAAUCAAAGGGAUCGGUGUUCCGAAGUGGAUGGCCAUUGAGAUUGCACUCAUCUGGAUAUUAUCCAUCAUCCUGGCUGUGCCCGAGGCAGUUGCUUUUGACAUGAUCACUAUGGACUACAAAGGAGAACGUUUGAGAAUCUGUUUAUUGCACCCCAUGCAGAAAACAGACUUUAUGAGGUUUUACAAAUCAGUGAAGGACUGGUGGCUGUUCAGUGCAUAUUUCUGUCUGCCAUUGGCCUGCACUGCCAUUUUUUAUACUCUGAUGACCUGUGAGAUGCUGAGGAAGAAGAAUGGAGUUCAAAUAGCCCUCAGUGACCACCUGAAACAGAGACGGGAAGUCGCCAAGACCGUCUUCUGUCUGGUUCUGGUCUUCGCUCUGUGCUGGCUCCCGCUCCACCUCAGCCGAAUUCUGAAACUCACCAUCUAUGAUGAGAAGGAUCCCAACCGCUGCGAACUGCUGAGUUUCUUUUUAGUCUUGGACUACAUCGGCAUCAAUAUGGCAUCGGUCAACUCCUGCAUCAACCCGAUUGCCCUCUACAUGGUCAGCAAGCGGUUUAAAAAUUGCUUCCGGUCGUGCCUGUGCUGUUGGUGCCUACCGGCCGAGAUGCUGAUGAUGGACGAGAAGCAGUCGUGCAUGAAGCUGAAGGUCACAGAAAGAGCAUCUGACCAGAGCAACUCUCGAAUGACCAACAAGUCGACCACAGCUUGAAUAUUGUAAGCAACAAAAAUCAACAAAACGUGAGGUCAUAGGAAUGUCGAGGUUUGCGCAACCCAAAGAGGCCCAGGUUCGUCUACAGUUCAUCAUAGGAGUUCUUGGAUUCAUGAAAACAGCUGUGAUGAUGUGAUAUGAUGUGAUGUGAUGCUUCAUCAAAAGUGUGAUGAGAAAGGCAAGGAUAAGGAUAUCAUUGAUAAUGUGGAAAACUGACAAAUUUGCUAGAGGUCAGCUCAAGACUAAGAAAAUCCAUGGCAUGAUACCAUAAUGUAGGAAAUUUCUCUGACCCCAAAGCAAAGCAAAUAGAUGACAGCCACCACAUUUGAUAAAUGCAUCCGAUUUUCUCCUCAGUGACCCACUGACAAAAAUGCAAUAAUUAUGCAAAUAUUUUUUUUAGAUAGAUUUCAGCCACGAUGUUGCUCAGCAUUGCGGGACUGCUCUAACCCCACCCGCUCUUCGUGCUAGCCUCACGCUAGCCUCACGCUAGCCUCACGCUGAGCCCAAAGUGUGACCUCUUUAUACAACAUGAUGAACAGCUUUUCUAUAUGUAGCUCAAAAUGUAUUACUAUCUCUAACAACCUGUGAUGUUGUUUCUUACCACUUCUGACUGUACUACUGAUGUGCUUGCUAUUACAGUAUUAAGACUAGGUAUCUGAAUUUCA